CUCUCGCUUCGGCUCUUCCUCUUUGACCUCUUAAACAAGAUUUACUGAAGACAUUUCGCGGGGUUGAUGUACCGGGCGGGCGCUGAAACGACAUGAGGAUAAAAAUUGACUUGUUGGAAUUAUAUCUAGCUAGCAAGGUAGUUUCUCUCUAUCUGUGAUUCGCAAGGACAACCAGUUAAGAAAUUGGACUUGCUGGGUCAUCGUUUAACAGCUAGGUUGCGUGUUGGAGGGAGUUUGGCUAUUCUCUCCACAAAUUGAAGCUUACCAGGAGGCAAGCCAGGCAGAAAUCGUCCGAAAAUGCCUCCCAUCGACAAUGACACUGGGAGGAAUCAACUAAAAUCUCGGAUACAGGCGCUUAUUGAUUCAAACCAAGUGUUGGUAUUCAGUAAAAGCUACUGUCCAUUUUGUGUGAAAGUAAGUCCAAAAUAUUUGUGUUUUUUAUUUUGUGUGUACCUACCUACCUAGCUUGCUAGUUAGUAGGUAGCCGGCUACUUGCUAGCUUCUCAAGACAGUUGUAAAUGACUGACGUUACAGUACCACACUAGAUAGAUAAUCCAGCGAAGAUAAAACAACGGGAUUCAAGCAGCAUAUGUGUUUUGCUUUCCAGGUGAAGGAUCUGUUCAAGGAACUGAACGUGAAUUGCAAUGUGGUGGAGCUGGAUCUAAUUGGUAAGGAAUUGUUCACAGGAAAGUGGUGGCAAGCGUCUUUCUUGGAAGGCCGUUAUUCAAAAGUCUGACAUGUAGUUCUCUUCGUUACAUGAGGUCUACUUUUCUAGCCUCAGUAAAGUUGGCUAUACGUUUUGGGAUAUCAUUGAAUUAGCAAAUUGCCUUCAAUGGAAGUUCAAAAGGUAUUGAGUAGUACUUUACUAAAGGUCCACACCUCCUGACCAGUUGCCUGGUUAUACUGUCGCUCAGUCAGUGUGGACUGUCUCAAGUGCAAGGGCUAAAUUAGUAAAUUAAGUGUACUUGGGAAAUGUUGAUGGACCAUACACACAUUUGCAAUAUGUCUUUUGAAUGGUGAAACAUAAAAAAUAUGUACAGGAUCUGUUAUCGUAGUAACAUCUUUUUUUCUCAAGUUCACCUUAAAGCUGUUCCUUAUUGCAUUAUCUGAUAUUUCUCAGUUGUUAAUGGUUGAUCAGAAGGUAAAAAGAGGCUAAUGGGUGCCCUUUCACAAAUUAAAAUGGUUUUUACUUGCAUAGUCAAUAUGUUAAUGUUUUACCACAGAAUGCACUGUCAAUGUUUCUAAUGGGCCACCACAAAAUGUGCUGAGUCACUCCCUUGAUCUAUCUGGCAGUGUUCCAUCUCUCGAUCCUCUGCAUGCUUGGCCAUUUUCUCACUCACCAGUCACAGCUGUUCUGGUAUAAAUACACACUGGGCACUACAUAAAUUGCUCUGGCAAAUACACUAAGAAAAGAUUGCCAGUACUGAAGUAUGCAGUGUAUUUAAACAAACUGUGUUUGUUUGCAGAACAGACCCAAAGUACAUUUACAUCAGACUGAACCGACUACCAGCACUUAGAAUUGAAGUUGAUGUAUGUUUUAUGUUUAUUACAGCUGACCCCAAUUAGUCGAUUGUUUGGUCGAUUGGCUAUUGGUCGUGCAAGAUUUUUGUUUUAGUUGAGUAGAAGCAUUUACAUUGACAUUUUAGUCAUUUAGCAGACGCUCUUAUCCAGAGCGACUUACAGUUAGUGAGUGCAUACGUUUUCAUAUCGGCCCCCCGUGGGAAACGAACCCACAACCCUGGCGUUGCAAGCGCCAUGCUCUACCAACUGAGCUACAGGGGACUACAAAUGUGUAUAUAUAUUUUUAUGAUACACGAGACACCGGUCUUAUUCGCAACCAUCUCAGUGAACUAAUCCAUUGCGGAGACUAAUCGAUUGCAGAGGCCGUGGGGAUGACACAGGCCAAGAAGAAGAGGUGUGGCUAAAAUGCACAAUGCACGUCUCUCUCUAGAAUGCGCUCUCUCCCGCCAAUUUGUGCACAUUCAUUGUUUCAUAAGUUCAUUCUGUGAAUUGUUUGCAUUUGAUUGUUUGCAUUUGAUCAAUUCCACAUUACAUAUAUCACCAGUAUUACAUUUACUGUUCAUUCCUAUAAUUUCUAAUCUACAAUGUUUGUUGGGUUAUGCUAUUUUCUGUUAAUGCAUUCAAUAUAUUAUUAUUCCAGUCUUUUACUGUUCUCAUUGUCGGAGUGGACACGUUGUUUGCAGAGCGCACAACCUAUGCAACACAAGUUUUGAUUUAUUUCAUUCCAUUUACAAGUUUUGUCAAUUUAGUCAUUGUCUUUUGUUUGGAGCGCGCCUGUCAAUGUUGAGUAAGGACGCGCACCUGAUUACGCCUAGAAGUAGGCCUAUAGGCUACCUGGCCUGUGCACAAAUAUAGGCAUAUAAAUGUGCCCAUUUUGGGGAUCUGAUACUAUUUCUGAUUGGCUUAACACAUCACCACUAAUGCGGUGUAGAGCUUCUCAAAGUAAUGUUUUCUUCACCUCAAACAGCAACCAAACAAAGUCUGUUUUUACAUAAUUGAGAAUGACAAUAUAUCCUCAAUGUAUUUGAAAAAUCUUUCCAGCUCUCUCCCUUUCGAUAACCACUCGGUGUGAAAGGGAAAAAUGUCAUGCUCUGAUCCAGUGGAAACAUCAUAAGAUAGGCCUACCUGAUUACUUCUUAUCCCUUGCGCAAAUAGGCCUACAGCAGUGUCUGUCCUGAGCUCACUGGUACAGGAAACUGAGUGCCCAGAAUAUUUUUUUUAAUGUUGCAAGUUAAUAGUUGAUACAUUGUUUCAAGUUGUUAUUUUGUCGGGGACAUCUGUAAUGUUUAUACAUGUACUGUUUGUAUGAAUGUCAUGUAUAUGACCCUAGUGUACAUGUCAGAGAUAUGAAAGGAGCAGUGGAUGAAUGGUUAAUUUCAUAUACAUUUAGCUGCUACUCUGCUAACAUCUCUUAACUGUUGUGUCUAGAGGAUGGAUCAAACUAUCAAGAACUGCUGCUUGAGAUGACCAGGCAGAAAACUGUCCCCAAUGUCUUCGUCAACAAAACCCACAUUGGCGGCUGUGACAAAACAAUGCAGGUAUGGGUCGUUGUAGUGUAAGACUUCAAGAACAACUUCAUUGUCAUAUCACUCGUGUUUUUGCAAAUGCCACCAACUUUUAGAAUCUUGGGCUUAUCCUGUUUUGAUGUUUUACAUUUGAGUCAUUUAGCAGAUGCUCUUAUCCAGAGUGACUUAGUGAGUGCAUACAUUUUCAUACUUUUUUCCCAUACUGGUCCCGAGUGGGAAUUGAACCCACAACCCUGGCGUUGCACGCACCAUGCUGUACCAGCUGAGCCCAUACCUCAAACUUCUGCUAAAAUGUCAGGUUUUGGCAAAGAAAGAUACAUUUACAUUUGAUGUCAUAGGUUCCCCUUGCAUUUUAGCAUGUGGUAAAUGAUGCCCACUACAGGCUUUAAUUGCAUUGUAAUAUUACUGAAGUGUCUUUUUCCAUUUCCCAGAAACAAGGGUUGAGUGGAUCUAUUUGGGUCAAGUGUGGUUAAGAGCCUGAUACCACUGCCAAACGUCUAUUUACAUAAAAAUGGCUACUUAAGAACACCCAAAAGUCUCCUCUUCCCUCUGCACUGAGCUGCAAUUAGCUCAUGCAUUUACAUUUACGUCAUUUAGCAGACGCUCUUAUCCAGAGCGACUUACAGUUAGUGAGUGCAUACAUUUUCAUACUGGCCCCCCGUGGGAAACGAGCCCACAACCCUAGCGUUGCAAGCGCCAUGCUCUACUAACUGAGCUACAGGGGACUAGCAUAAGGUGGCACUUUGUCAGCAUGACACACUAGCUUAUGUUUCACUUGAAGCCACCAACACAUUCUCCUUCAGUGUAUAAUGUAUUAUUAUCCUUAAAUUUACAUACGUUCUGUCUCCUGCCCUUAUCUUGAAAAUGCUGGUUUAGUUCCGUCGAAGGCAUUUUAUGUGGCAUGAAGAAUGCCCUCUCCGGUAUGAAUGGUGUCGGCAUCGCUAUUGAAUGUAGAAUAACCUCACAGCCAUGCACAAUUUUGUUGGGUUAAUGCUGUUUUCACAAUGGUAGCUGACCACCUGUCGUCCUCCUCUUCCCAGGCCCACAAAGAUGGCAUCCUGCAGAAGCUACUGUGCGGGGAGAAUGAGGUCUACGAGUACGACCUCAUCGUCAUCGGGGGCGGAUCGGGAGGCCUGGCCUGCUCAAAGGUGAGAGCCUCCCAGAUAAUGCAUCUCAAACCAAGCAUAACUCCAGGCCUGCACCUUUCUAGUGUACUAGGAUUGAGGCCCUUGAAGGAAGGCUCUAGUCUCGGCUAUCAUGGGUUGUGUCUGAAAACGUUACUAGCCAUCCAAUCCUUGCUUCCCCUGUCCUUGUUUCCUCAAUUCCUCUCAAAACGGAUUGGAGGAGAGGAUCUGAGGUUUCCCUCAAACCUUCUCCUCUAAAGAGCUUUGAGAGGAAGUUACGAUGGAGGGAGCAAGGAUAUGACUGCUAGUAAUGUUUUCAGACACAGGAUUUCUGAUGUGUCAUCAUAGCAGCGAUGAAACUAACCAUAUAAGCUGAGCUAGUCGACCUGUGGUUGUAUUAAAGGUAGACUCUGUGAAAUGAAGUUGCCACGAGCAGCACCGCAGAUAUUGAGAUGAGCGAGAUGCAAGACUUCGCUUUCACACAGUCACACACAGUAUCUGCACAUGUGCACGGGUUGGCUUCGCGCUGUUCACCGCGUAGUAGCCAGGGCACCAAAACAGCGGAGAAGUUGAGCCUCGCGCUUCAACGCUCUUAGUUGUUGCAGAAAUUGACCCACUAUGCUGUUUACUUUCUGCAUAUCGCUGAGUCUACCUUUAAUCAAGUUGUCUAAAUGUGCUCCUUCUUGUGCUUCUCUUGGGAUAGGAGGCAGCGAUGCUGGGGAAGAAGGUGAUGGUGUUGGACUAUGUGAUGCCCACGCCGAAAGGGAACACCUGGGGUGAGUAGGGCUUCCCUGGCGUACUCCUCAUGUGUCACUCUUCUUCAACCAGCAUUUUAUUAACUUUAAUGGGUUACCAAGUUCAUGUUUACAGUUAAUUCAUUCAGAUUAUCUAAAUAUAUUAUUGACAUACAGUACCAGUCAAAAGUUUGGACAUACAUACUCAUUCAAGGGUUUUUCUUUAUUUUUACUAUUUUCUACAUUGUAGAAUAAUAGUGAAGACAUCAAAACUAUGAAAUAACACAUGGAAUCAUGUAGUAACCAAGAAUAUGUCUCCAAACUUUUGGCUGGUACUGUAUGUACAAUAGUAAUUGUAUUACAUUUCAUGUGAUCGAGAACUACACUACAUGACUAAAAGUAUGUGGACACCUGCUCGCCGAACAUCUCAUUCCAAAAUCAUAGGCGUUAGUAUGGAGUUGGUCCCCCCCUUUGCUGCUAUAAUAGCCUUCACUCUUCUGGGAAGGCUUUCCACUAGAUGUUGGAACAUUGCUGCAGGGACUUGCUUCCAUUCAGCCACAAGCAUUAGUGAGGUCGGGCACUGCUGUUGGGCGAUUAGGCCUGGCUCGCAGUUGACGUUCCAAUUCAUCCCAAAGGUGUUUGAUGGGGUUGAGGUCAGGGCUCAAGUUCUUCCACACCGAUCUCAACAAACCAUUUCUGCAUGGUGAUCUUAGGCUUGUGUGCGGCUGCUCGGCCAUGGAACCCAUUUCAUGAAGCUCCCGACUAACAGUUAUUCUGCUGACGUUGCUUUCAGAGGCAGUUUGGAACUCGGAAGUGAGUGUUGCAACGGAGGACAGACGAUUUUUAUGCGCUUCAGCACUCGACAGUCCCGUUCUCUGAGCUUGUGAGGCCUACCACUUCGCGGCUGAGCCGUUGUUGCUCCUAGACGUUUCCACUUCACAAUAACAACAUUUACAGUUGACCGGGGCAGCUCUAGCAGGGCAGAAAUUUGACGAACUGUCUUGUUGGAAAGAUGGCAUCCUAUGACAGUGCCACGUUGAAAGUCACUGAGCUCUUCAGUAAGGCCAUUCUACUGCCAAUGUUUGGCUAUGGAGAUUGCAUUGCUGUGUGCUUGAUUUAAUACGCCUGGCAGCAACAGGUGUGGCUGAAAUAGCCGAAUCCACUAAUUUGAAGGGUUGUCCACAUACUUUGUGUAUAUAUAGUGUAUGUACAUCUUUCUGUAUCAUUGGUUAGUAUUGGAUGACUCUAUUGACUGCAAGUACCAGAAUGCUUUGCGACAGGAAAUGAAAGAAUGAGAAUACCAAUUAAGUGAUUAGUCUGGUUUGUGCUAGCAACUUUCUUUUAUUGUUUUGUAUGAUCUAAAGUGGUACAAUAUUACGUGAACAAGUAUUAUUACUAAAAGAUGCACAGCCUUGAGGAAGGUUCCUGGUGAGCAGAUUCAACAUGAGCUCAAGAGGAAAGGACUGCAGCUCGCAGACUUUCCAGGAGAUGACGAUCCUUAACUCUCUGUCCUGAUAGGAGCAGACUACUACUGGCAGAUAGUGUCUGACAGUGGAGAGACUGACAGAUGCUAGUUGCUUUAGAGAGCACCUUUGGAUGGUCGGUGUAGGGACCAGUGAUGGACUAUACCAUGUGGAGUUGCCAUGAGAACAAAAACAUCUAGAACCUGAGACAACUACAGAAUCGCCAUAAAACGGUUUAAAGGUCUGAGGAAAAGACUGAAGAAGGAUGUGACAUUGUACAGCAGUAGUGGAGGACUACCUACAACAGGAUAUGGCAGAGGAUGUGCCCAAGGACAACACAUCAAUCCAGGUCUGCUCAGCGUUCUGAUAAAGUUCAGACUGCACAAGAUCGCAUUCAUGGCAGACAUCAAGAAAGCCUUUCUGCAGAUAUCCCUAGCAGAGAGACAGCGACGCCGAGAGAUUCCUGUGGGUCACCAAAUUGAGAAAAUGAAGAGGAGCUAUGUAGGCUGAUGAUGACUAGAGUGGUGCUUGGAGCUUCCCCAAGUCCAUUCUUGCUCGCAGCUACAAUCAGGAAGCACCUGAAACAAUACAAAACAGAACAACCAGAAGUUGUAGAGGGACAUUGAGUCACUCUAUGUAGAUUACUUAAUUUCAAGGUCACACAAUGUUGGAAAGGCUAACUAUGUGACAACUGCAAAGCAAAUGCUAUCGACUGCAAGCAUGGACCUCUGCAAGUGGAUGACUCUCCUGAGCUGAAAACAAAAUGGGAGGAGAGUACGACAACUGACCACACGUUGGGGGCAGGAACACACGGAGCAGUGCUGAAAGUGUUAGGCUUAGUGUGGAAACAAGAAACAGAUUAAUUUGAUUGACCUCAGACGGCUACUGAGCAUUCUAAAGCAAAAGGAGAACAAAAAGAGAAGCGUUUUGCAGUAUUUUGCACGCAUCUUCGACCCUAUCAGCUUUCUGACCCCCUUUACCAUCAGAAUCAAGUGCAUGUUCCAGGAAAUGUGGGAGAUGGGACUCUGCUUGGACGAAGAGUUACCUCCCGAUUUGACACUAGAAUGGCAACAGUGGUGUUCAGAACUACACCAGCUUGCCAUACCAAGGUGGUGUAGAACAGAAAUGCAGCCGCAGAAAAGCCACACCAGGAAACCGCACAUGUUCUGUGACGCAAGAGUAGCUUACCUGCAAGGUGAAACACAAAACGGAGAAACAACGACAAGCCUAGUCCCACUCAAGAAAAUGAUGCUGCCACGCCUGGAGCUCAUGGGAGCUGUGAUUGGAGCGAGACUAGCAAACAAUCUGAUGACCACACUGAAAAUGGUACAAACACAGAUCAGAAUGUGGACAGACUCGAUGAUCGUGCUGCAUUGGAUUUGCAACUCAGCUCAGAAAUGGAAACUGUUUGUUGCAAACAGUGACAGAGAUCCAGUCCUUGACCAACCGAGUGUCAUGGUCACAUAUAUUGAAGGGAAAACAAAUCCAGCCGAUCUUCCUAAGGAGGACGAACUGUUCAAAACUUCAGAGCCAUUUAUGGUGGAACGGACCUAGCGAUCAGUCAGAGGAAACUGAUGAUGACAAGGUUCCGGAAGAGGUGAACAAAGAACUUAAGUCCAGUCACCAGGUCACUGUUCAGGUCACUGCAAAUGACACAGACAUCACUGAACCAGUGUUGGAGCUCGAAGGGUACAGCAAACUGAAAAGAGUGUUCAGAGUGACCGCCUGGAUAAAGAGAUUCAUAGCCAAUGCUUAUACAAACACAGACACAAGGUGAACUGACUGCUGACAAACUGUUUGAAGCAGAAAAGUACUGUCUCAAAGUAACACGUUUCAGUCAGGAGAUCAAACUACCGAAGGCAGGAAAAAACCUAAACAAUGACUGUAAAAUCAAAGAACUGAAAACGUUCCUGGACAAGAAAGAACUACUCGGUGUAGGACGAAGAAUGCAACAGUCCAACUUUCCAUUCAGAGGGCAGCACCCAUGGGUUCUGCCCAGCAAACCCAGAUACUCAGAAAAACUGAUGCAGUGCUAUCAUGAGAAGGUGAUGCAUUCUGGAGUAAGAGACAUUCUAGUGCAAUCAGAGACAGAUACUGGCUGUUGCGUGCUAGACGGCUAGUCAAGAGCACUGUGGCUAGAUGCACAGUCUGCAAGAGUUUCAAAGCAAAGGCUGGACAGAAGGUCACUGUGCUUUUACCAAAAGACAGAAUAACCACAGAUGUGGAUCUUGCAGGACCGCUCUACGUGAAAGCAAAUGGUUCUGUGAAGAACUCCAACAUUGCGCUGUUCACUUGUGCUGUACCCAGAGCAGUAGAUGUAGAUCUGGUCUCAGAUCAGUCAAGAGACAUUCAUGUUAGGUCUGAAGAUUAAUCUUCAAAAGAUUAUGCAAAGUAAUCUAUUCGGACAAUGCAAAAAUGUUCAAGAGAGGUGGUCAGGACUUGUAGAAUCUGUAGAACGCAAUCCCACAACUCUUGUAGUUCUUCUCAGAAAGGGGCAUUGCCUGGAGGAUAAUUGGAGAGCCAGCAGCCUGAUGGGGCAGAUUCUGUGAGAGACUCAUCAGAUCAGUCAAACAUGCCUGAGAAAAGUUAUCGGGAGAGCUUCGCUCAACUUUGAAGAAAUGUACAAACAAAAUAUGAAAAUGCACUCACUACUAAGUCGCUCUGGACAAGAGCGUCUGCUAAAUGACUAAAAUGUAAAUGUAAUGUGCACAGUCCUGACAGGUUGAAGCAAUCCUAAACUCUAGGCCUCUGACCUUCAAGUACAAUGAAGUGGGUGAACCACAUGUCCUUGACAUCAGCCCACGUCCUGGUGGGUAAAAACCUCUGCCGCACAAGCUAUUUCCGACUGACGCUCAACAAGGAGGACAUGACAUGCAGAUGGAAGUACAGGCAGAGACUUGUAACCAGCUUCUGGAAUAGCUGGCGAAGAGACUACUUGCUGGACUUAGUCAGCACACCACUGUGACACACCACAGCCCACCCCACUGAAAGUGGGUGACGUUGCACUCAUCGGAGAAGAUGACACCCAGACAAACCUGGAAACUAGGGAAGAUCGAGUAACUUUUUCCAGGCCGAGAUGGCCUAGUUAGGUCAUGUUCAGUUUGCACUACCUCAGGGACUUUGAGACCUAUUCAGUUGAUUUAGAUGAACAGUUGUUUAUUGGGGGGAGGAUAAGGUAACUUUAAUGGGUUACAGAGUUAAGAUUUACAGUUAAUUCGUUGAGAUGAUCUAAAGAUAUUAUCUACAGAGUAGUAGUAAUAGGAUUACAUUUAAUGUGAUGGAGAUUGAGAACGAUGUACCAUCUUUCUGUUGUAUUGGAUUACGCUAUUGACUGCAAGUACCAGAAUGCUUUGCAACAGGAAGUGAGAACGAGAAUGCUCCAGUUAUAAACAAGUGAUGAGUGAUUAGCCUGGCUUGCGCUAACAACUUUAUUUUAUUGUUUUGAACUAUCUAAAGUGGUGAAAUGUAGCGUGAACAAGUAUUAUUACUAAAAGAAGCUUUCAUCUUAUACCCGACAUCCCGAGUCAUUACUUUGAAGAUAGUUAUAUGAUAUUACGAGCGUGUCUUCGACUGAACAUUUUUGGUUGUUUCAGACAUACAAUCUUACAGAAACUGCCGCAAUCCCACCGAAGCAUAAAUAAAAAUACCUUGCAGAAUACCGCUGUUAUCAGUUGCAACAUGUCUGUAUAUUUCAAUGGGGAUCCAAAUGCAAUCUUCAAAUGUGUGAUUCUGUAUGUUCCAUGUCCCUGGACAGGCCUGGGCGGCACGUGCGUGAACGUGGGCUGCAUCCCUAAGAAGCUGAUGCACCAGACAGCCCUGCUAGGGACCUCCAUGCAGGACGCCCGCAAGUUUGGCUGGGAGUUGCCUGAGGAGACAGGUAGCGUCUGUAAUACUUCCAGCUGAGUACUUUUUCAGUAAGGGUAAUAAAUGACUAAAGAUAGUUGUGUGGUCAUUUCUGUUGACUUUGUCAUUCUGGUCUGGUUCACAGUGAAGCACAACUGGGAGACGAUGAAGACUGCGGUGAACAACUACAUUGGCUCGUUGAACUGGGGCUACCGGGUGGCGCUGCGCGACAAGAACGUCAACUACGUCAACUCCUACGCAGAGUUCAUUGAGCCGCACAAAAUCAAGGUGGGCACCCUAUGAAUUUAUAAGCAAAUGUCUAACCAUGGUUAUUUUCUGAUGCAUUUUCAUUCUGAAUUGACUUGCCUUUACAUUUUCAUACUGAAUUUACUGCCUUACAUUUUCAUACUUAAUUGACUGUCUUCUAAUGGGUAAAAUGUAUGAACAUUUUAGAUGCACAGCGCAUAAUGUAUUCUGAAACUAGCUGUGUUAGUUCCUUGGCUUAUUAUAAACAAACCCCAAAGAUAUGUAAUGGCUCUGUACAAACACGCAUCACAACACGUAGUACAGUAGCUAAUGUCUCUCUCGUGGAUGGUUUCAAACCACACCCUUGAAUUGAUGCAUCGAUUCAUUUAAACUAUACUGUAGGUUUUUACGCAACAGACAGGGAUACGCUAGGUGACUUUUAACGUCUAUUCUUUCAGUGUGUAAGAGAGUAAGAUAAAUCGGUGAAGAAUGUUUGACACCCUCCUUCCCCUCCGCAGGCGACCAACAAGCGAGGAAAGGAGACCUUCCACACGGCAGCUAAGUUUAUCCUGGCGACAGGCGAGAGGCCGCGUUACCUGGGCAUCCCCGGAGACAAAGAGUAUUGCAUCACCAGGUGAGACCAACCCCCCCCCCCCCCCACUCCCAACCUCCAUCCUAGUACACAGCAGGCAUUAUGUCUAUGGGCGCGUUCCCCUGCUCAGACGUUGCAUGCAUCAACCAAUGGUUGCGUCCCACCUCAUCGACUGUGCCGUCGGGCACCAGCUUGCUAUAACAUAUGAUGUGGGUAGCUGAUAUGUAAAAUACCUAUCCAGAUCUGGCAUGCGUCAGCAACACCUGGGCAGAGGAUCGUGUUAAUUAUUUAACCUACAAUCCAAUUUGACUGCUGUCCAGCCAGGGGAAAGCCCUGGUUAUUCAAUUAACACAACAAGAUACAGUGCAUUCGGAAAGUAUUCAGACCCCUUGACUUUUUCCACAUUUUGUUAUGUUACAGCCUUAUUCUAAAAUUGAUUAAAUAGUUUUUUCCCCUCAUCAAUCUACACACAAUACCCCAUAAUGACAAAGCAAAAACGGGUUUUUACAAACUUUUGCAAAUAUAUAACAAAUGUACAACUAAAAUAUCACAAUUACAUAAGUAUUCAGACCCUUUACUCAGUUCUUUGUUGUAGCACCUUUGGCAGCGAUUACAGCCUCGAGUCUUCUUGGGUAUGAUGCUACAAGCUUGGCACACCUGUAUUUGGGGAGUUUCUCCCAUUCUUCUCUGCAGAUCCUCUCAAGCUCUGUCCGGUUGGAUGGGGAGCGUCGCUGCACAGCUAUUUUCAGGUCUCCAGAGAUGUUCGAUCGGGUUCAAGUCCGGGCUCUGGCUGAGCCACUCAAGGACAUUCAGAGACUUGUCCCAAAGCCACUCCUGCGUUGUCUUGGCUGUGUGCUUAGGGUCGUUGUCCAGUUGGAAGGUGAACCUUUCCCCCAGUCUGAGGUCCUGAGCAGGUUUUCAUCAAGGAUCGCUCUGUACUUUGCUCCAUUAAUCUUUCCCUCAAUCCUGACUAGUCUCCCAGUCCCUGCCGCUGAAAAACAUCCCCUCAGCAUGAUGCUGCCACCACCAUGCUUCACUGUAGGGAUGGUGCCAGGUUUCCUCCAGAUGUGACGCUUGGAAUUCAGGCAAAAUAGUUCAAUCUUGGUUUCAUCAGACCAGAGAAUCUUGUUUCUCAUGGUCUGAGAGCCCUUUAGGUGCCUUUUGGCAAACUCCAAGUGAGCUGUCAUGUGCCUUUUUACUGAGGAGUGGCUUCCGUUUGGCCACUCUACCAUAAAGGCCUGAUUGGUGGUGCUGCAGAGAUGGUUGUCCUUCUGGAAGGUUCUCCCAUCUCCACAGAGGAACUCUGGAGCUCUGUCAGUGACCAUCGGGUUCUUGGUCUCCUCCCUGACCAAGGUCCUUCUCCCACAAUUGCUCAGUUUGGCCGGGCGGCCUGCUCUCGGAAGAGUCUUGGUGGUUCUUGGUGACCUUCAAUGCUGCAGAAAUGUUUUGGUACCCUUCCCCAGAUCUGUGCCUCAACACAAUCCUGUCUCUGAGCGCUACAGACAAUUCCUUCGACCUCGUGGCUUGGUUUUUGCUCUGACCUGCACUGUCAACUGUGGGAACUUUUAUAUAGAUCUUAUGCAACUGAGCUCAAUUUCAAGUCUCAUAGCAAAGGUUCUGAAUACUUAUGUAAAUAAGGUAUUUCUGUUUUUUUAUUUCUAAAAACCUGUUUUCUCUUUGUCAUUAUGGGGUAUUGUGAGUAGAUUGAUAAGAUAUUUUAUUUAUUUAAUCCAUUUUAGAGUAAGGCUUUAACGUAACAAUUUGGAAAAGGUCAGUCUGAAUACUUUCCGAAUGCACUGUAUAAACACACUGCAAGGUGGUUUCAUUAGAGUACACUGUAGUAAAACCCUUUCCAACGGAAUUAGAAACGAGUUUCUCAUUGGACAAGUUCAGGUAAUUCCCAUCUUACACUGACAUGCAGUUGAAAUGUUGAUGGACAUAAGGGAUGUGGAUCAUUGCAGCUAAGCUUGUGCUCUGGAACGCGUGCACACACACACACACACACAACCUCCCCAGGUGAGCUCAAAUAUCUAAUUUCCACCACAGGAGGUCUUGUAUCUCAGGUCACUCAUUUAAUAAGGCUAUAAUCUCCCAACGGUCUAAACACAGGUUUUCUAGAAGAUUAAUCCCUUUAUGCUGGUGGCUUUUGCUAACCUACAUGUCAUAGGGACAGACCCUGGUAUCCAUAUCUGUACCUUUAAACCAGAUUCUAUGCCUAAUAGUUGUUUUGUGACAGAAUAACUUUUCAGAGGACAUACUUGUCGACUGGCCUCAAAAAGUUCACGCCCAGACACAUUUCAGACUACAUAACCAGUGUCGUCCAGGUUAGGGGAGGGAAUGGCCGGCAGGGAUGUAGCUCAGUUGGAAGAGCGUGGCGUUUGCAACGCCAGGGUUGUGGGUUCGAUUCCCAUGGGGGUCAGUAUGAAAAAACAAUAAUGUAUGCACUCACUAACUGUAAGUCGCUCUGGAUAAGAGCGUCUGCUAAAUGACGUAAAUGUAAUGUAAAUAUGUAAGUUAUUUUGUCUAAUGCAGUGGUCACCAACCUUUUCUGAGUCUAGGUCACUUUCGCAGUCAAAAUCCAAGCCGAGGUCUACCACUCAGAUAAAAAAAAAAAAAAAACAUGACUUAAAAAAUGUAAGCCUGUGCAACAUUAUCCUAAUAGAAACUGUUCUGUAAGAAUGAGGUUUGUGCAGUAGGCCUAAUAUAUUAUCACAGCAUAUUUGGCCUGCCAAUAUUGUUCUUCUCAGACCAUAUUAUAUUUCUAAACUUGAGCUAUAUAGAUCAGUUGUAAACUGAGCAUGAUUUUAAAUUUGCUUUUUUGUUUUACUGGAUUUUUCUGAUUGUUAGUCUCAACAAAUGGCGGGAAAGGGCAGCAGAGGGUCAUAGUCCCUGCUCUCUCCCUUCCUCCGGUGAGACUGCUCAGAGAGAGGGGACACGGUCUUCCACCUGUAUUAUUCCACCUGUAUCGUUUCUACCUUGGCUACUCAUUCAUUGCAGCUGCAGUGCUGGUUGGUUGCAGCGAGAGUGGAAGUAGGGAGAAACACGUUUUAUGGUUUGUAAAGUGUUGAAUAAAAACUUAAACAUGAAAUCACUCAUAAAAACAGCAGCUCUUUGCUACAUUCUUUGAGUCUCUCUCUGGUCAUUGUUUUAAAAGUGAUAAUAUCUCACUUAGUAUCAAUCUUUGCUGUGGAAGCUGCAGGCACAGUGAUUUGAGCUAUCCGAGUCCGAUUGGCCAGCAAUAGGUGCACUUGAUUUAGCCAACCGGGUCCGCAGAGUUUGUACCUUUUUUUUUUUUUUUGACAAAUGAAAUGGAUCUAAAUGGGAACACUUCGCUUACACGGCGCGCAGUGCAGCUGAAUCAAGUGCACCUACCACCAACCAUGCAGGAUGAAUUUAAAACAAAUAGUAGCGCAAGGCUUUAUCGUUGGCUUUUCUACAAAUGUUUGGCUAUCGACUAGGAAUGCCUUGAAGAUCGACCGGUUGGUGAGAACUGGUCUAGUGAAUGAAUCAGACAUUCCAGGUAUUUCACUUGCUGAUCGCAGAAAGAAUAGGUGAAUUGUGGCGUUUUUAUACAUUUUAAGAGCAUUAUGGGUUUAAUGGAGGUGCACCCUACUCUGGCUGAUCUUCCCCUGUCUAUGCUACAGCGACGACCUGUUCUCGCUGCCCCACUGCCCCGGCAAGACCCUGGUGGUCGGGGCGUCCUACGUGGCGCUGGAGUGCGGGGGUUUCCUUGCGGGCCUGGGCCUGGACGUGACGGUCAUGGUGCGCUCCAUCUUGCUGAGGGGCUUCGACCAGGACAUGGCCAACCGUGCCGGUGAGCACAUGGAAGAGCAUGGUGUCAAGUUCCUCCGGAAGUACGUCCCCGUCAAGGUGAGCCAAUGUGAAUGAUCUACUACCAGACCUGGGUUCAAAUGGUAUUUGAAGUCUUUCAAAUACUUUGAACGUUUGCCUUAGCCUGGGUAAAGUUUGCACUUAUGGGACUUUUCUAUUGGUUCCCUUGCAACAGGUAAGCGCAAUCAAGCACAGCUAGUGUUUGAAAUUAUUUCAAUAGUAUUUCAACCAAGGUACUACUACUAUGCCCUUUUAUCUUUACUCAGCUGUUCAGGGCUAGCUUUAUGGCCUUUUUAUGGUUUGGAAAUGCUGAGGCUAAAUCGCUCUGUCAUCAGGGAAGUUAUGUAAUAUUUCGCUAUUUAUCGGAAGAAUCCUGUCAUCAGUUUAAGUCUAACUGUCAUGGAUGUUAGCCUGUGAAGGUGAACUAAAUAUAAAACCACUUGAUCUUUCAGAGUAAAAGAUGCCUUCAGUUCACCCGGCCCUGGCCAUUAUAGUAUUAUAGAGAGAAUUUUGUAGCUAGAUAUAAAAUGAAUUGUAUGGAAGAUAUUUGUUUUUAAGUGUGUGUGUGUGUAUGUCAGGUGGAGGAGCUGGAGGCAGGCACUCCUGGGAGGCUGAAGGUGACAGCCAAGAGCACAGAGAGUGACGAGACCAUCGAGGGAGAAUACAACACUGUACGUACGCAGUAAAAUCCCCUUAACCCCCAUUAGCCAAAGUAAAUCUUCACUUAUGAAUGAAACCAAUACUGUUACUUAAAUCUGCAAACGUAGUUCUUUAACCUAUUGCAUUAGGCACUCUGCAUGAUUGUCAGUCUUUGAGCCUUAACUAUAACUAUAAGAAGUUUUGUUAGCAAACUGGAGUCAUUCUUGCUCUGUAGGGAUGACGGGGCUUUAUUUGUAUGUUUUAAUGACAUGCUACAGCUGGAGAAUGGUCCCGUUAACCCGGUGACUUCCUUGUCCUCCCUCAGGUGUUGAUAGCCGUUGGGCGUGACGCGUGUACAGGCAAGAUCGGCCUGGAUCAAGCCGGAGUUAAAGUCAACCCCAAGUAAGUAAACAUUCCUUUUAUUUUCUUCUAUUCUAUUCGCUCCCUUAUUUCAUUAAUCUGCCCAUGCACCCUCGCAGCUAUCACCAAUGAGACGCAGACAAGGGUGUGUGUACGUGCCUGUACCUUUAAGGCUCUCUACAGUCAUGGUGAUUCAGCACUAUUGCCACACCAGAGCCUGCGGAGUGAGUGGGAAUGUGUGUGUGAACUGACGGGGAGGGGUUUUGUGGGGAUAAGAGUUUUUGUGUUUGUGCUUUGUAAGGAGAGAAACCCCCUUGUGCUGUUACAUUGGGACGUAACUGUAUCUAAAAACCUCAGGCCUCUUUCCAAUAAUGUAAACUGGAUUGAUUUAGGAAGAAGUGUUUUCAUAGGGUUCCUAACAUGGGGUUCAGUUAUGAAUGGGUCAGCCCUACAGAGUACCCUCUAGGCCAACGGGAUUAAGCAAGCGCAUGAGUGAGAGCGCCUUAGUCAGUCAUAUGCCUCGGUCAUAUGACUGGGUCCCUAGCAGCAUUUAAGGACAUGGAUGCGUGAAUGUGUAGUUCAUACAUGCAGAAUUACUGUCUUACCUCAAUUAGCCACGAAAUCCCUAGUUUGAAAGUGACUGUUUACUGGAAGCUGUGCUGCGCCAUUUUCCUUACAUUUUCCCCCAUGUGGGCCAGCCCCCUAGCAAUUUGAGUUCUAGCCAAUGAGGUUCAGCACCUCGUCAUUUGAGUGACAACAAGCAAGAUCUGCACACAGCAGAGCAAAAGAGAGCGCAAUGCACAUCUCUGCACAUAUGUGACGUAGUAUGCCAUUUUCGGGGACCAUUUUUGGCUCGUGAGCGCUACUUUCAGAACUACUGGCUAAGAAUUAUACAAAAGUACCGGAGAAUCUCUUUAACAUGAGGCUGACUGACACACACAGCUUAAGGUGCACCAGGUUCGCUACAUGAGUGUAGUUUACGGGGCUGGCUGAAGCGACCCACGUCAGGAGGGCUUUGGUAUCAACCAGACUAGUAGUUUACAUGUGUAGGAGUGAUUUAUUGGCACAAGUUAAUUAUUUGUUAAUGUGUAAUUAUGUUAUUAAUGAAUAACAGUGAAAUUACUUGUUGAUUGAAUGUGACUUGAGAAGUUGUUCAUAGUGGUAUGAUAUUCUCUUUUGUAGGUACAGACACGCAUAUUCUGUCCAAAGACAUUCUAGACCUGAUCUAUUUUGCAUGGUUAGAUAUCGGAUCCGAUUUAUAUAAAUAUACUGAACAAAAAUAAAUGCAACAUGUAAAGGUUUGGUUUCAUGAGCUGAAAUAAAAGAUCCCAGAAAUGUUCCAUACGCACAAAAAGCGUAUUUCUCUCAAAUUCUGUGCACACAUUUGUUUACAUCCCUGUUAGUGAGCAUUUCUCCUUUGCCAAGAUAAUCCAUCCACCUGAUGGGUGUGGCAUAUCAAGAAGCUAAUUCAACAGCAUGAUCAUUACACAGUUGCACCUUGUGCUGGGGACAAUAAUAGGCCACUUUAAAAUGUGCAGUUUUGUCACACAACACAAUGCCACAGAUGUCUCAAGUUUUGAGGGAGUGUGCAAUUGGUAUGACUUGGCUGACUGGAGGAAUUGAAUGUUCAUUUCUCUACCAUAAGCCGCCUCCGUUUUAGAGAAUUUACAGCAAGUCCAACCGGCCUCACAACCUCAGACUACGUGUAACCAGGCCAGGCCAGGAACUCCACAUCCGGCUUCUUCAGCUGCGGAAUCGUCUGAGACCAGCCACCCGGACAGCUGAUGAAAAUGUGAAGAAUUUCUGCACAAACUGUCAGAAACCGUCUCAUUGAAGCUCAUCUGCAUGCUCGUCGACCUCACCAGGGCCUUGACCUGACUGCAGUUCGGCGUCGUAAUCGACUUCAGUGGUCAAAUGUUCACUGGUACGCUGGAGAAGUGUGCUCUUCGCGGAUGAGUCCCGGUUUCAACUGUACCAGGCAGAUGGCAGACAGCGUUUUAUGGUUUCCUGUGGGCGAGCGGUUUGCUGAUGUCAACGUUGUGAACAGAGUGCCCCAUGGUGGCAGUGGGGUUAUGGUAUGGGUAGGCGUAAGCUACAGACAACAAACACAAUUGCAUUUUAUCGAUGGCAAUUUGAAUGCACAGAGAUACCAUGACGAGAUCCUGAGGCCCAUUGUCGUGCCAUUCAUCCGCCGCAAUCACCUCAUGUUUCAGCAUGAUAAUGCACCGCCCCAUGUCACAAGGAUCUGUAUACAAUUCCUGGAAGCUGAAAAUGUCCCAGUUCUUCCAUGUCCUGCAUACUCACCAGAAAUGUCACCCGUUGAGCAUGUUUGCGAUGCUCUGGAUCGACAUAUACGACAGUGUGUUCCAGUUUCCCGCCAAUAUCCAGGAACUUCGCACAGCCAAUGAAGAGGAGUGGGACAACAUUCCACAGGCCACAAUCAACAGCCUGAUCAACUCUGUCGCGCAGCAUGAGGCAAAUGAUGGUCACACCAGAUACUGGCUGGUUUUCUGAUCCACGCUCAUGCUUUUUGUUUUUGUUUUAAGGUACUGUAUCUAUAUUCCCAGUCAAGAAAUCCAUAGAUUAGGGCCGAAUGAAUUUAUUUCAAUUGACUGACUUCCUUAUAUGAACUGUAACUCAGUAAAAUGUUUGAAAUUGUUGCAUGUUGCGGUUAUAUUGUUGUCUCAUCAUUUGCCUGUCGUUGUUGAUGAAUCAUCCUCAUCGUCGUUGAAUACUUUGUCUUUGUUUUGGUGAUGACAAGAUCUUAGCCCCACCCAGUCAGUCAGUUCUAUUCUUCAUGGCCACAACCUAGGGCUGGGCGGUAUGCCGUAUUUGACUAUACAGUGGGGGAAAAAAGUAUUUAGUCAGCCACCAAUUGUGCAAGUUCUCCCACUUAAAAAGAUGAGAGGCCUGUAAUUUUCAUCAUAGGUACACGUCAACUAUGACAGACAAAUUGAGGGAAAAAAAAUCCAGAAAAUCACAUUGUAGGAUUUUUUAUGAAUUUAUUUGCAAAUUAUGGUGGAAAAUAAGUAUUUGGUCACCUACAAACAAGCAAGAUUUCUGGCUCUCACAGACCUGUAACUUCUUCUUUAAGAGGCUCCUCUGUCCUCCACUCGUUACCUGUAUUAAUGGCACCUGUUUGAACUUGUUAUCAGUAUAAAAGACACCUGUCCACAACCUCAAACAGUCACACUCCAAACUCCACUAUGGCCAAGACCAAAGAGCUGUCAAAGGACACCAGAAACAAAAUUGUAGACCUGCACCAGGCUGGGAAGACUGAAUCUGCAAUACGUAAGCAGCUUGGUUUGAAGAAAUCAGCUGUGGGAGCAAUUAUUAGGAAAUGGAAGCCAUACAAGACCACUGAUAAUCUCCCUCGAUCUGGGGCUCCACGCAAGAUCUCACCCGUGGGGUCAAAAUGAUCACAAGAACGGUGAGCAAAAAUCCCAGAACCACAUGGGGGGACCUAGGGAAUGACCUGCAGAGAGCUGGGACCAAAGUAACAAAGCCUACCAUCAGUAACACACUACGCCGCCAGGGACUCAAAUCCUGCAGUGCCAGACGUGUCCCCCUGCUUAAGCCAGUACAUGUCCAGGCCCAUCUGAAGUUUGCUAGAGUGCAUUUGGAUGAUCCAGAAGAGGAUUGGGAGAAUGUCAGAUGAAACCAAAAUAGAACUUUUUGGUAAAAACUCAACUCGUCGUGUUUGGAGGACAAAGAAUGCUGAGUUGCAUCCAUACCUACUGUGAAGCAUUGGGGUGGAAACAUCAUGCUUUGGGGCUGUUUUUCUGCAAAGGGACCAGGACGACUGAUCCGUGUAAAGGAAAGAAUGAAUGGGGCCAUGUAUCGUGAGAUUUUGAGUGAAAACCUCCUUCCAUCAGCAAGGGCAUUGAAGAUGAAACGUGGCUGGGUCUUUCAGCAUGACAAUGAUCCCAAACACACCGCCCGGAUGGCUUCGUAAGAAGCAUUUCAAGGUCCUGGAGUGGCCUAGCCAGUCUCCAGAUCUCAACCCCAUAGAAAAUCUUUGGAGGGAGUUGAAAGUCUGUGUUGCCCAGCGACAGCCCCAAAACAUCACUGCUCUAGAGGAGAUCUGCAUGGAGGAAUGGGCCAAAAUACCAGCAACAGUGUGUGUGAACCUUGUGAAGACUUACAGAAAACGUUUGACCUGUGUCAUUGCCAACAAAGGGUAUAUAACAAAGUAUUGAGAAACUGUUGUUAUUGACCAAAUACUUAUUUUCCACCAAAAUUUGCAAAUAAAUUCAUAAAAAAUUCUACAAUGUGAUUUUCUGGAUUUUUUUUCUCAUUUUGUCUGUCAUAGUUGACGUGUACCUAUGAUGAAAAUUACAGGCCUCAUCUUUUUAAGUGGGAGAACUUGCACAAUUGGUGGCUGACUAAAUACUUUUUUCCUCCACUGUAUACCGGUAUUGAUGCACGGACUGGUUUGGGUUUUUACUCUACCUUCUAUAACGAUAUUUCAAUGUUUGGUUUGUUAAAUGUGAUAUGCAACUCAGGCGUGUGUAAUGUCAGUUUUUAUAGUUUACUCCGUUUGUUGCUUGAGUCGUCUUCGUCUCCUGCUGCAUGCCACUUCCCAACAAGCCUUGCCCCCUGUCAAUCAAGGAGAGAGCAGUUGAUCAGAUGGAUGCAAGAAGAUGUUUGUGCAAGCAUGUCACCACCAUGUCAACAUCUUGUUGCAUCUAUCUGACCAUGCAGACUACUGAGUGAACGGCAAGGAAGUCCUCGUGACUCUGUGGUCGAGCAACUGCUCUCUCCUUGAUUGACAGUGGGCAUGCAGCAGGAGGAGAGGAAGACCACUCAAAAACAAGUGCAGUCACAAAAACCAUCAAGUGCUAUGAUGAAACUGGCUCUCAUGAGGACCGCCACAGGAAGUCCCAGAGUUACCUCUGCUGCAGAGGAUACAUUCAUUAGAGUUAUGGAGUGCUGCAUCAGAUGACCUGGCCUCCACAAUCCCCCGACCUCAACCCAAUUGAGAUGGUUUGGGAUGAGUCGGACGGCAGUGAAGGAAAAGCAGCAAACAAGUGCUCAGCAUAUGUGGGAACUCCUUCAAGACUGUUGGGAAAGCAUUCCAGGUGAAGCUGGUUGAGAGUGCCAAGAGUGUGCAAAGCUGUCAUCAAGGCAAAGGGUGGCUAUUUGAAGAAUCUCAAAUAUAAAAUAUAUUUUGAUUUGUUUCACACUUUUUGGUUACUACCUGAUUCCAUGUGUUAUUUCAUAGUUUUGAUGUCUUCACUAUUAUUCUACAAUGUGUUAUUUUUUUAUUUAUUUUUUUUAUUUUUUUUAAAUAAAGAAAAACCCUUUGAGUAAGUUUGUCCAAACUUUUGACUGGUAGUGUACAUACACAAACUAAUAGUAUGUAUUUUUUUGUGUGUAUCUUACGGUCUGCUAGUUUAUAUCUUCUUAGCAAGUUGUGGCUAAAAUACAUCUGGUUAGCCGCUAAUGCGAAUCACUAGUUAGCUGGCUAGCUAGCUUGCUAAAUGUACUAAGAGUCAGAGCAAACAUGGCUAUCUAAUACAGCCUGGUGCUGGUGUAGGCCUAGAUAAGCAUGUUUGUGCAACGGAAUCAUCCAAAUCAGAGAGAAAUAGGUGAAGCAUGAAUAUGUUACUUAGCUACAUGAGGUAAGAGAACAUGUACCGGUAAUGUAACUUGGAAACUUCUGACCAACACUUUGGUUCCUGCCCUGGCUUAUUUGUUCGUCAUGUCAAACAACAAUGUAUUCAAGGUGCUGCCCACUAUAUUCCAACAAUAGAAUUAGAAUAAUCAUUCUAUUUCCAUUAUUCCACCAAUUUAACUGGGCCUAGAUAUCAUACAGCCCUGCGUGGAAAUGGUAAGUGCAGGAAAUGCAGAAAUUAAUGAGAAAAUGCUUUUUUUUUCUCUUUUUUUGGGGGGGGGAUUGAACAGUAUAAAACAAUCAGAUUGGAGAAAGCCCCAUUGAAAUCUAUUGUAAUUUGUUGCCACUCUAGGUUUAUGAACUGCUCAUAAAGCAUAUUUAGAACUUAUUAUUAUUCAAAAACAUCAAACACCGUCAUACCGUGAAAAAUGUAAAAGGUAUCAUGAUAUGAUAUUUUGCCCAUAUCGCCCAGCCCAACCACAACCAUUCAGUAUGUCACUGUCAGAUAAACCUUAGGCGUACAGUGCAUUCGGAAGGUAUUCAGACACCUUCCCAUUUUCCACAUUAUUCAUGGUACAGUGGCCAGACGGAAGCCACUCAUCAGUAAAAUGCACAUGACAGCCCACUUGGAGUUUGCCAAGAGGCACCUAAAGGACACUGACAAUGAGAAACAAGAUCUCUGGUCUGAUGAAACCAAGAUUGAACUCUUUGUCCUGAAUGCCAAGCGUCACGUCUGGCGGAAACCUGGCAACAUCCCUGCAGUGAAGCAUGGUGGUGGCAGCAUCAUGCUGUGGGGAGGUUUUUCAGCGGCAGGGACUGGUAGACUAGUCAGGAUUGAGGGAAAGAUGAACGGAGUAAAGUACAGAGAGAUCCUUGAUGAAAACCUGCUCAGGACCUCAGACUGGGACAAAGUUAACCUUCCAACAGGAAAACGACCCUAAGCACACAGCCAAGACAACGCAGGAGUGGCUUCGGGACAAAUCUCUGAAAGUCCUUGAGUGGCCCAGCCAGAGCCCGGACUUGAAGCCAAUCUAACAUCUCUGGAGAGACCUGAAAAUAACUGUGCAGCGACGCUCCCUAUCCAACGUGACAGAGCUUGAAAGGAUCUGCAGAGAAGAAUGGGAGAAACUCCCCAAAUACAGGUGUGCCAAGCUUGUAGCGUCAUACCCAAGAAGACUCGAGGCUGUUAUCGCUGCCAAAGGUGAUUCAACAAAGUACUGAGUAAAGGGUCUGAAUACUUUUGUAAAUGUGAUAUUUCUAAAAACCUGUUUUUGCUUUGUCAUUAUGGGGUAUUGUGUGUAGAUUGUUGAGGGGGAAAAAAACAAUUUUAAGGCUGUAACGUAACAAAAUGUGGAUAAAGUCAAGGGGUCUGAAUACUUUCCGAAUGCACUGUAUAUGGUAUUACCUUUAGUUAAAUAAUGCACCGUAAAAAGUGUGACCCGAACACAUCCUCUUAUUGGUUUACCCUCGAAAUCACGGAACACGGAGUUCUUUGCAUAGAGACAUUUCUCAACCGAUGGUCACAUUACAUCACAUUCUUUCACAUCACAUUACAUUGAGAGUGUCUUUCACAAGAUCUGAUACUUUUCAUUUGCGAAGUGUGAAUAUUGUCACCAAAUAGUCUCAGCUUAAUGUAGAGUGCACGUUGGGAAUGAUUUAAAAAUAUUUACUUUACAAUUGUAUUCCACUUAAUCAUCAAGUGGGAGUUAUUGACUACAUCAUGUACUUGUUGGACCUUUCACUUUACUCUGUGUCCUCGAUGCCCUAAACAUUUUUCAAUCCAUCCGCUGCAUAAUAAAGAUCAAAUAGGCACCAAAAUCAAUGUAUUCUGCAACCCUGUUCUCAUACAUAAAUGCGUAAUUAGUCUAGACCAGGGAUCUGCAACUUGUGGCUCCAGAGCCGCAUGUGGCUCUUCCACUGCCCCUUUGUGGCUCUAUGGGGAUCUAUAAUUAGUCAAAUGUGAGUCGCCUGUCAUUUUACCCUAGCUAAGCUUCCACUCUCUCAGGAACGGUAAGGUCCCGGUGAACGACGAGGAACAGACCAACGUGCCGCACAUCUACGCCAUCGGAGACAUCCUGGAGGGCAAGUGGGAGCUGACGCCUGUGGCCAUCCAGGCUGGCAAGCUGCUGGCACGCCGGCUGUACGCGGGAGCCUCGCUCAAGGUAAUUAUCGGACAGCGGGCCUCAAUUCACCACUUUGGGAGUUGACGUGCUUUUCUGUUGAUAGACCAUGGCAGUUUGUCAGUAUGACCCUUCGCUCUGUUGUCCCUCUGCUUUAAUAAGAUUGGCUUGUGUUCAAAUGAAAAUCGUAAUGUUGGCCCUCGUUGAUGUUAUAUGGUGGGGCCUUUGCUCCACACCUAAAAUGUAAAAACUAGGAAAAACCCUGUAAAAAUGUUCCCUAGCUUCUAUCAUCAUACUGUAGUAUAUUCUGUCUGGUGAACCUCAGAUGUGACACCACCUGGUACAGACUGUACAUUGUCAUGUCUUGUUUGUUAUUAUUAACUGCGGUUGAAUGUUGUCGUGUGCAGUGUGACUACGUAAAUGUUCCCACCACUGUGUUCACCCCUCUGGAGUAUGGCGCCUGUGGGCAUUCUGAGGAGAAAGCUAUUGAGCUGUACGGCCAAGACAACUUGGAGGUAGCUACUGACGCCACACACACACACACACACACACACACACACACAGAGUCCACUUCCAGCCUAGUGGUACUACAGCCACAUCACACACUACCAGACCACUUGCACUGAAUAUUACACAUCGGAACGAUAUCAACUGACAUUCAGGCUCUGCUCCAAUAUGCAUUCUAGCUAGCAUACCAGUUUAAAUGUAGAUAUUGACUCGCCAGCUAUUAGACAGUGAUACUUAUCAUAUACAGUUUAUUAGGUACACCACCCGGUUCACAAAUGGUUCGCUCCUACAGACCGUUAGUGACUUGGUCAUGGCUUGCUAUAUAAAGCAGGCAGACAGGCAUCGAGGCAUUCAGUUACUGUUCGAUUGAUCGUUAGACUGGGCAAAACGAGUGACCUAAGCGACUUUGAGCAUCGUUGAUCGUCGUGCCAGGCGCGCCGGUUCCAGUAUCUCAGAAACGGCCGGCCUCCUUGGCUUUUCAUAUUGUCCAGGGUUUACAGAGAAUUGUGCGACAAACAAAAAACAUCCAGUCAGUCUGACCAGUACUAGAUAGGUGUACCUAAUAAACGGUCCACUGACUGUAUAUUACUAUCUAUUACAUAUAGGCCUAACGUAUCACAGGUUAAUGUUGUGGUGUUAGUGUUUCCGCAAUGAAGAACUCUACACCGUAAUGUAACAUAUGCACGUGGAGACUGAUGCGGUUAGAAUGUUUUGGGGGAAUCAUGUGACAUAGCAGUAUUUUAUCCUGUAUUUUAAGCCUUAUCCAGAAAUGACAAUUGCACCUUAAAUGAAAUAUAUUGUCUGAGGAUGGUGCUGGACCAUCUGACAUAAAAAGUGGACCAGUUUGAUGAAAAAUAUUGAAAUAAUGGUUAAAUAAAAAUAUGUCACAUGCUUGCGCAAAACACAGGGCCCUAGUUAUAACUCCACCCUCUGACAGUCCAGAAACAUACAUGUACAUGCUGCCCUUUCUGUAUGUUUAUUUAAUGUGUCUUUUGUUAACUGUGUAGGUGUACCACAGUCUCUUCUGGCCUCUGGAGUUCACCAUCCCCAACAGGGACAACAACAAGUGCUACUCCAAGAUCAUCUGCAAUAAACUGGACAAUGUAGGAACCCCCCUCUCCUAA